AUGGAUAGGGAACUACCUCUGCAUUUGGCCAUCAGACCGCUCAAUUUAGGUGAUUUGGCCCAAGUCACAGAGCUCGAGGCCUUGUGUUUCCUGAAGGAACAAGCUGCUUCUGAAACUUCCAUCAAAUACAGACUUUCCGUGUGUCCUGAGCUCACAUCGGGGAUGUUUAUCAGAACUUUCGGUGGCAAAUACUCGAAUGAAGGUGCCAAAUCAUCAUCAGUAGAAGCCCAACCUCACCAUAAGAAAUUCAUGGGAUUUUCCUCCAAUAACACUGCCGACAACAGUGAAUAUAUCCCCGACGAAACCUCCUCGAUCGUGAGUGAAAGAUUGAUUGGUCAUCUCUUGUCGACAAAAAUCCGCAAGGAAUUCAUUCAAGAAGCUGAUAUGGAAGUACCGGAGUGGUUUGUGAAAAAUGAUGGCACAUCCCCGGUAAGAAAUGGUAAUGAUGAUAAAGUGGGUCACGUUGAAUCUUCUGAUAUUAUUGGGUUGCAUUCGGUCGCGGUACACUCAGAAUUUAGAGGUAAAAAAAUUGGCUCUUUGAUGUUACAUGAUUACCUUCAAAAAUUAUCCAACCAACAAGUCGGCUCUAUUAUUAGUAUAAUGGCCAAACCCGGUCUUGUAAAGUAUUAUGAGUCCGUAGGUUUUGUGGAUAAGGGGAUUUCGGAUUACAACUAUGGUGGAGCAGAGUGGCAUGAUAUGCACAUUGAAUUGAAGCCUGAAGAAGCUAAAAUGUAA